AUGAUGAGCUCGCACAGGCCCACCACCGGCGUUGUACCGCCAAAGGGCCUCUACCUUGUCCUGUGGUUGGAUCCAGUCAAGAUGGUGCAGCACUUUGACAACCCUAUUCUGCAUGCCGCCGUGGGCCAGCUGUCCCCGGGCAAAUACGUAGCCUAUGUGGCCACCAAUACUGAUUUUCCUAUGCCUGAUCGCCCAUGGCAUAGAUGCUUUGUGAGGCUCGCUGGACUGGGUAUGCCUAAGGAUGAACCUGAGCAGUUCAUCACCUCGGAUAUGUCGCAGACCCUCUCGGCCUACCAAGCCUUUUCCGUUCGCGAACUUCUACCUGCAUACGUGGGCCUACACAACUCUAAUCCGCCAGCGAAGAUCGAACCUGUUGCAUUGGCGUCUGAAGUCGCGCCAGAUACCGUUGUAGAAGCGGAUGGAGUCGUGAAAGUGGAAGAUUGGCUCAAGACGACAGAUCACAGCCAGGAACCUCUCGAAGAAUUGGCAACGGACAAUGAUAUUAGUUCUCAAGUCUCUGGUGACGAUACUCCCGACUCGCUGUCCGACGAUGAUGUCUCGCCUUCCACUCCCUAUAGCGACGACGACGCCAGCAGCAUGGAUACCGUUGACCUGCUCUUUGAGAGCCUUUUCGUCCCCGAUUUCUCGCACAUUGACGUCGAUAUCAUACCUCUAGUUGACUUUUCGUUCGACCUGACCGAGGUCAAGGAGUUCUUGGACCCGCGUGGUUUCUUAGAGGAGGUGGAGGCCAUGGCCGAAUAUCAAGGUCCAAGAAGCUGCGUGUUUGGCUCUGCCCGGAAGCUGGUGCAAGAGGCACAAGAGAUUGUCAGCCCAAGCAGUGGCUCCCCGGAUAGUCUCACGGCGGUCUCUCCGGCUGACCCCGUGGCGGUCCUUCCCAGAAACUCCGUGGUGGUCUUUGCCGGUCAUGGCAAUCCGACAACGCCAUCCGAACAGGUUCCCAGCUCGACACAUUCAACAUGGCUGGAAGUAGGUAGAGAGGAAGAUGUUAUCUAG